AUGAGCUUCGCCUCCCUGCAGCAGGCGCUCUCAAGCAGCGCCCCCCGCCUACGGGGCCCGCUGCUAGAGAGGCCUCUAGUUGGGGCCUUUUCAUUAUGGGGCAUAGCCCUGCAGCCACGAAGCCACCUAGGGCACAGCAGCAGCAGCAGCAGAAGCUGGAGCAGCAGCAGCAGCAGCGAAGGCAGCGGCAGCGGCAGCAGAAUCGGAAACAACAAGGAGCAGCAGCAAAGGCAGUUAGGUGCAGCAAAAGAAGUGGAGUGUUUUGGUGCAGGGACCUCGAGAAGCCCACAUGGUGACGCACACGCAGCAGUAGCAGCAGCAACAGCAGCAGCAGCAGCCAACGCUACAGCAGCAGCAACUGCUUCAGAACGUGCAGCUCAUGCUUUGCCGCAGCGUUCAGAAUUCGAGCAGCAGCUGCUGCUGCUGCAGGAAGCAGAAAGGCUUCACUGCAGCAGGAGCAGCAGCAGACCUAUCAGUCCAAAAGAGUUGCAGCUGCUGCUUAAGGCGCCGCAGCAGCUGCUGCAGCAGCAGUUGCUGCAGCACAGACAGCAGCAGCCCCUGCAGGUGCAGCUGAAGGAUCUGGUGCUGCUGCUUCAGAGCGUUGCUCGUUUGGUUCGCCCCUACAGGCCCCUGCUGCUGCAGCAGCCCCUUCUGCUGCAGGGGGCAGGGCAUCGACCCCCAGCAGCAGCUGCAGCAGCAGAUCCAGCAGCAGCAGCAGCAGCAGAACGAGGAGCAGCAGCACUAGCAGCAGCGGGUGGGCACACUCCUGAAGCAGCAGCAUCAAGCAUAUCGGCAGCAGCAGCCGACAGACCCUCAGCAAGAGAACCGGCUGAAAUCGCAGCAUCAGCAGCAGCAACAAUAGGAGCAGCAGCAGCAGCAACAAGAGUACCAGCAGCAGCAGCCUGUGCUGCAGUGCAGCGUGGCCUCCAAGACGCCCGCCGUGCCCAGACACCCGCUACUGCUGUGCAGCAACUGCAGCGGUUCGUGAAGCAGGUGCUGCUGCUUGCUCUGAGGUUGCUGCAGCAACAGCAGCAGCAGAAGAGGCAGUUGCAGCUGAAGCGGUUACAGCAGCAGCAGCAGCAGCUACAGCAGCAGCAAGAGCCCCACUCGGCAACGCAGAAGGAGCAGCAGCUGAGAACUGAGGCCCAGGUUGUGCUCCCUAGCUGUCAACUGCAGCAGCGACAGCAGCAACGGCAGCAACAGCACCAGCAGCAGACGCUGCUGCUGCAGCUGCUGCAGCAGCUGCAGUCUGUGGGCAUCCACUGCAGCGACUUCACCGCUGCUGCUGCUGCAGCUUUCCAGCAGCAGCAGGAUCUCCUGCUGUCACCAAGCCAGCUGGCAGUGUUGCUAGACAUUUUUGCAGCGUCCUUUGUGGCUCUGCAGCAGCAACGGGAGGCAGCAGCAACAGCGGCAGAUGCUGCUGCUGCUGCUGCCGCUUCUGCUGCAGUUCAGAGUGUGUUUAGGAGGGCCGCAUGGAAGCUCACUCGUCUUUUCCGCCUUGACGCGCAGCAGCGCCGCCUCCUGCGGCAUCAGCAGACACAGCAGCAGACACAACCACAGCAGCAGCAGCAGACACAACCACAGCAGCAGCAGCAGACACAACCACAGCAGCAGCAGCAGCAGCAGCAGCGGCAUGUACUGAUUCUGAGGGCUAGCGAGGUUGCACUGCUGCUGCGAGCCUUCACUCGGGUUGGCCUUGUGGACCUUGAGGUGUACAUGCACCUCGCCUCCACCUACCUGGUCCGGGCACUGCAGCAGCAGCAGCGGCAAGAGCAGCAGCAGCAGCAGCAGGAGCAGCAGCAGCUGCCUGGGGAAGAUGGGCAUGCCCGUUGCCGUCAGCUCAGUCGCUUGUUUGUCGCCUGCGUUGAUGCUAUAGAAACAGCAGCAGCAGCAGCAGCAGCAGAAGCAGCAAACACAGCGCAGCCGACUGCAGCAGCAGCCAUGUUGGAAGCAGCAGCAGCAACAGCAGUGCCGUUGGCAGCAGCAUUCGACGCCGCAGCACCGGGAACGGCAGUGAGUGAAGCAGCCGAUGCCAGAAAAGCAGCGUCCGGAUCAGCAGCAGCAGAAGCAGCAACCACUGCUGCUGCUGCUGCUGCUGCAGCUGCUGCGGCGGGCAAAAUCAGAGCGAAGCCGUCGCUUGCCCGGCUGCUGUCGCGUGCUCUGGCGCCCCUGUGCGGCUGCCUCAGCAGUGAGUUGCUGCUGCUGCUGCCCUCCUUAGCCCCACAAGAAGCUUUGCUGCUGCUGCGGUCUGCCUGCCAGCUGCUUUUGCUGCUGCAGAGGCUGCCGCAGGAGCAGCUGCUGCAGGCCUACACACUAGGCUCGUCGCUGCAGCAAAAGCAGGCCAAGAGGCUGCAGCAGCGGGUUGAUGCUACAGCAGCAGCAGCAGCGACAGCAGCAACAGCAGCAACUGUACCUGCAGGGGUGACAGAACACGCAAUGAGCUUAGCAGCUGCAGGGGGAGACACGCAAGCAGCAGCAGCAACAGCAGCAGCAGCAGCGCUCUCGCUGAAGCGACGCUGCCUGCAAAGCUUGAGACCUCUUUUAGAAAAGCUGGUGCUGCAGCUGGCUGCUGCUGCUCCGGAGCUAUCUCUGCAGCAGACAGCGCGGCUGCUGCCGCUGCUACAGCGCGUUGACUCGCUAGCAGCAAGCACCGCUGCUGCUGCUGCUGAGGCCAGUGCUGCUGCAGCAGCAGCAGCACUGCCUGCAUCGUUGGAGGCACUGCCGCUUGCAGGCCUCAUGCUGAGCAGGUCCAGCUUUUGUCUGCAGCUGCAACAGCAGCUGCUGCAACGCGAGAAGCAGCACCAGCAGCAGAGACGAGAAAGCCUACAGCUUAUUCCCUACGGAAUUGAGCAGCAGCAGCGGCUUUCGAGAGAGCCUGCUGCUGCUGCUACUACUGAUGCUGCUGCUGCUACUACUGCUGCUGCUGCUCUUUCCGUGCUGAAGUGCACAUCGGGGUUUCUAACUACUUCUGCUUGUGGGGGCUGCUGCACACUGCAGGCUCAUGCUGCAGCAGUGUCAGCUGCUGCUGCAGAGUGUUUGCUGCGUCCUGAGGCCUGGAGCUGCUUCAGCCCUUCUCGCCUUGUGACUGCUGCGGGAGUCCUAGCAAAAUGCGCCGCCGCAGCAGCAGCAGCAACAGCAGCACAUUUAAGCCAAGCAGAAGCUGCUUUUGUUCCCUUUACUUACUGUGGCAGCAGCAGCAGCAGCAACGCAAGCCUCUCUUUAGCUGCUGAGAGGGCUGCUGAGAUUUAUGGGGGAGAGGCCCUGGAGGACGACGGUUUCGCGCUGCCUAGCAUGAGCAGCAGGAGCAGCAGCAGGAGCAGCAGCAACAGCAGUGGGGAAAGCGCAACAACAGAGAAAUCGGCCAGUCACUUUGCUGCACCCACUGCAGCAAUCUUCAAAAUGGCACUUGAGGCCCUCUCUGGAGAGCUGCUGCAGCAGCUUCUGAGAAGCAAAGAGUCGCGCUGCAGCAGCUGCAGCGACUUCGGCUCCGCAGCGUCGGCGACCGGAAGUCUUACUGCUGCUGCUGCUGCUGCUGCUGCUGCUGCUGCUGGGCUUGGUCAGGCACUGUCUCUUCGAGAGGUCUCCCUGCUUGUGUCUUCGCUGCUCAGAGCAACAGGCAUUUCUGCAUCAAGGGCCUGGGGGCCCCACACUACGAACCUGCUUGAGGUGUCUUUGACGUGGCUGGAGCUGCAGCAGGCGCUGCUAGAGCCGCAGCACCUGCGGAUCCUGGCAGCUGCACUGCAGCAGCAGCAGCUACCCACUGCGCCUGCAGCCGUAGCUGCUGCUCUUGAGCGCUGCACCGGGACUGCGGCUGCAGCCCUACAGGGAAAGCUUGCGGAGCCUGGUGCUGCUGUCACUGCCGCUGCUGCUGCUGUUGCUGCUGUUGCUGCACCAGAAGAGCUUCAGCCCUUUCCAGCUGCACCUUCGCAUCAAAUUAAAGCUGGAGCCCUCGGCGACCUCGCCUGGAGAUUUCUGGGCGUAACUCGGAGAGCCUACAUGCGCCUAGGAACUCUCAGAAACCCGACCAGUGACAGCAGCAGCAGCAGCAAGAAAAACAGCAGCAACAGCACUGAGUUGGAGCAGCAAAUGGCUGAUAUUGGCUUGGCGCUGCUAGUAGGAUCGUGCCGCCUCAAGCAGCAACAGAAUUUGCUGCUGCUGAACCAAGGCAACGGCAUGGUCAACACAGAGCAGCAGGAGCAACAACAGCAACAGCAACAGCAGCAGCAACUUGUCGAUAUGCUAUGCAGCUACUUAAGCAGAUGCGUUCCAACGGACGCUUCCUUGUUCAUGCGAGCUGCUUCUGCUGCCAGGCGUGUUGCUGCACAGCAGCAGCAAGAGCAGCAACAGCAGCAACAGCAACAGCAAGAGCAGCGACAGCAAAAGCAGCUUCGGGAACACUCGCUGCUACACUCAGGCGUCCCAGGAAGCGAGGCACAUCUCCAGCUUGCUGCUGUUGUGCUGCAAUGUGGGCAAUCUCUUUUGCUGCACCUUAAAGAUGAAGCGCAUACAGCAGCAGCAAAGCUACACCAGGUGGACUGUAGCAGCAGCGCCCAAACGCCUUCGACUGCUGCUGCUGCUUCUGGGGCUGCCGCUGUUGCUGCUGAGGUCGUCAGUGCAGUCCUAGGGUUUGGCAGCCUAAUACGCGCCUUCUCUUUCCCAGGUCAGUCUCGAGUCUCGGCAGCAGCAAGAACAGCAACAGCAGCAACGGCAGAAACAGGAGCUGCAGCAGCAUGCCAUAAUGGCAGCGCAGCAGGAAAGCCCCUCCAACGCCCGGAAGAGCUGCAUGCAGCGGCAGUCCGUGAUCUGCGCGAAGGCCUGCAAACGCUUGCGCUGCUGUUGGAGGCCUGUGAACCGAGGGCUUGUGACACUAACCUUCCUGCUCCUGCUGCUGCUGCACUCUUUCCAACUGCUACUGCAGUAGCUACAGCUAUUGCCGCCACUUCGACGAGUUCUGCUGCAGUGGCAGCUGCUGCUGCUGCUGCCGACUGGCCGCCUGGGAAUCAGCUGCUUGUGCUGUUCGCCCAGCACACAGCUGGUCGCCUUCGGGCGUCUCAGCUUUGUCUCACUUUGUCUUUGUGGCUCCAGUUUUCCGCAGCCAAAGGACAUGAAAGUAAUGGGCACAGAGAGGCAGGAAAGUUGCUGCUGCUUCUGCUCCACCAGCGUCUGCUGCUGCAGCAAAAGGUGGCCCCGUCAGGCCCUCCUGAGGUGACAGCAGCAGAGCUGCAGGCUCCGGUAGCCGCAGCAGAGCGACUGGGUGCUGCAGGGCCCAUCAAGGCUACGCUGGAGCACCUGCUGCAGCAGCAGCACCAGAAGCAGAAGGAGUAUCAGCAGCGGCAGCAGCAACGGGACGUGUGA